AAAUCAACAUAACCUUUUUACUAUAGAAGGUGCUUGUUGGUCCUUGCCUUAAUUUAUAGAUUAUUUAGUAGCGCCUCACAGUACUAAAUCAGAUUAUAUGUAUUUAUUUUUCUUUUAUUUGGCCAUCACUAACAAACAACUAAUUGUUAACACAAAAAACAUCGCUUAAAAGUCUACUGUUGAAAAAAAAAAAAAAGAACGAAAAUGGCAAACGCAAUCAAUGGAUCCUCAAACAGAACAGGGAACUUUUCUAACCAAUUCAUCCAGCCUUUGUGGCAGAUUGGUUUCUGGUCUGUCGCCUAUGGUUCUGUUGUGGCGGUGGCGGUCUUUGGUAACGUGAUUGUUAUUUGGAUAAUCCUGGCUCACAAACGAAUGAGAACCGUCACCAAUUAUUUUUUGGUGAACCUGGCUUUUUCUGAUGCCUCCAUGGCUGCCUUCAAUACCUUGAUAAAUUUCAUCUAUGCUCUCAACAACGAAUGGUACUUUGGUCAAGGUUACUGCAAGUUUCACAACUUCUUUCCCAUCACGGCUGUCUUUGCCAGCAUCUAUUCUAUGACAGCUAUCGCUGUAGACAGGUAUGUGGCCAUCAUACACCCUCUGAAGCCGAGACUCUCUGCAACAGCAACUAAAGUGGUGAUUGUGAGCAUCUGGAUCUUGGCGUUUGUCCUUGCCUUUCCACUGUGCUUCUUCUCCAGGACUAGACAGAUUCCAAAUAGAAUUCUCUGCUAUGUGGACUGGCCCAGUGAUAAUGGACAUGUAUUAUCACUGUUAUGUUUUGUUUUGUACAGGUAUCAUAUCAUUGUAACAGUGCUGGUGUAUGUACUCCCGUUGGUUGUCAUGGGUAUUACCUAUACCAUAGUAGGUGUCACCCUAUGGGGAGGGGAGAUCCCAGGAGACACUUCUGACAAAUACCAUGAGCAACUGAGGGCUAAAAGAAAGGUUGUAAAAAUGAUGAUCAUCGUUGUUGUGACGUUUGCCAUUUGCUGGCUGCCCUAUCACAUUUACUUCAUAUUGACUGGAAUAUACCCUCAUUGGAACCGAUGGAAAUACAUCCAACAAGUGUACCUUUCUAUCUUCUGGUUGGCCAUGAGUUCCACAAUGUACAAUCCCAUUAUUUACUGUUGCCUUAAUAGCAGGUUUAGAGCUGGAUUCAAGAGGGCAUUCCGUUGGUGCCCAUUCAUCGAAGUUUCCGGCUUUGAUGAAUUAGAGCUAAAAACCACCCGGUUUAACCAAACUCGCCAGAGCAGCAUGUACACUGUCUCCAAGAUGGAAUCCAGCAUGACCGUUGUCUUUGAGCCCAAUGAGGGAGACAAUCCAGACCCUGCCAAGAAGAAAAGUGCCACUUCUCGAGACACCAGCCUCAACGGCUGUUCUGGCAAUAGCACCAAAACAUCAAGGAGCUCAAGCUUCUACAGCACCACAAACACUUCUGUGGAAGAGUAUUCAUGAAGCCUAGAGACAUGCAUUGAUUGUAAACUGGAAAAACACUGUAAAUCCUAUAGCUUAGCAUCAAACAUAUGUGGAGGACACUUUGCAAACAGGUAGUACACUCUUUGCAAACUUGUGUUUCCUCCUAAGGUAACAUAAAGAGUAAGUAGCCGGGU